UGUCAUGGUUGUCAGGAACCAAUCAGCGAAUAUUACCUGCUGACAGUUCAUCCGGACAUCAACUUUCACGAGAAGUGCUUGAGGUGUGUGGAGUGCAAGGUCACACUCGAUGAAACGAAGACGUGUUUCUUCAACAGUGGUCAACCAUUUUGUAAAUGGGAUUAUAACAGGUUGGUUGGUCGAGUGAAAUGUGGGUUGUGCAACUGCAACUUCAACAAAGACGAGCUUGUCAUGAUCACCAGUACAUCUGCAUAUUACCAUCUCGAUUGCUUUCGAUGUGUCGUUUGUAGCCGUGUGAUAUCGAAGGGUGAAAACUACUCCUGCUACAACAACAACAUCUACUGCCAGAUGGAUUACGACGUUGAACAACAUCAACAAUUGAAUGAAGACAUCAACACGUUCAACAACAGCAACAGAUUGUUAAAUUCACAACAACCUCAUCCUCCUCUCCAUCACCAUCACCAUCAUCAUCACCACCGUCCAUCGUCGGUUCGAACGGUGCUGAACGAGAAGCAGCUGCACACGCUGAGGACCUGCUACGCCGCCAACCCGCGACCUGAUGCCCUCAUGAAGGAACAACUCGUCGAGAUGACGGGAUUGAAUCCUCGCGUCAUCAGGGUCUGGUUCCAGAACAAGAGGUGCAAAGACAAGAAGAGGAGUGUCCUCAUCAAGCAGAUCAGACAACAGCACGACAAGGUGGUCAGGUGUCAAAGUGUGUUACUGUGCGUGUGCGUGUGUGCGUGCUUAUGUGUGUUUAUGGUAGAUGUUUAA